AUGAACGCAUCGCCACCGUUGUUCCUUGGGAGGACAAGUGGACAUACUGGAACUACACCUGCUGGAAAAAUUGGUAUGAGAUACAUCAGAUACUGAUGAAGAGGAUUCAAACGGUAGUACCGAGACUUUGGAAGGGAUAAGAUACGAGGGGUAGGGAGUAGCACUCAUAGAUAGGUGAUACUGAUCCAUCAUCAUGAUACAGUUACAGGUGGCGUAUCAAAGAUAAGGGUGGCUGCACAUAAAGAUCUCUUCUACCGAGUGGCGUAGUACCUGUAGAGUUUUUUAGACACGUGGUAGUACUAGAACUCGUAUAAUGAGGCGUAGAGACGCUGACACAGCAUACAUUGUAGUUUGAGUUACUCGAGAGCCGAACAGAUACCAGACAAAGCUGAAAAAGACAUGCCUCUCAUCGCUUUUGCCCUUACCGUUACCAAAAAUUGGCUGUCCUCUAGAAGAAACUUCAAAACGAGUACUUCUCCUUCUAUUUAAUGACACAUAGAUACACCUACAUUGACACAUCUUUUUGUUGAUUGCUCUAACUCUCGCAACGGCACUAGCCACCUUGCAACGGCCGCAGAGGAGGGAACUGCUGUAAUAAGACACACGCCAGUAAAGAAAAAGAAAUCUUCUGCAGGAGCAGACGGUUCUACGCGAAGGAGUGCCCAUAAAGGAUCAACCGGUAAGAAAGACAAGCACUCUAGUGCGAAACAAGGGUGAUCGACAUCUUUUCUUGUUCAGGCUGAUCGACACCUUUUCUAUUCCAGGAUGAUCGACACCUUUUCUACUCCAGGAUGAUUGCCACCUCCACAAGAUUAGGAGGCAUCACUCCACCACUUGCAGAGAAGAGAUGAAUCACUUCACUUGAUAAGAUGUAAGUAGGAAUACAACGGUCAAUGCCUCAGACUUGACUUCGUCUGUUUGAAAGUAGAUGCAGUAAAAACAUCUUCAUCUUGGACUUUGCUUACGAUCCGAUUUAUUCUCACUUUGUUCAUGUUCUGUGUAUUCAACAGCAGGUCAUCGCCAUAGCUAGACAUAACAAAGAACGACUAUGCUGAUCAUAAUCACUCAUAGAUGUCAUGACUAAAAGAAUACAGGUUAGCUGCACAUGCACUUACUCAGAAAGUAUUGAGAAUAAAGCUAUGGAACAUGGUCAUGAAGAUCUUAAAACUGUUAUGAACAACCAGAUAGUGACACCUUCGACCAUGAUAAGUAGUAUUCAGUUCCUAACGUCGCCUAUUCUUUUGAUUUUCUCUUGAUUGGGAAUAAACUUAUCCGCUUCUUUUGUGUUCUUCUGAAGAUAUUCACGGUUUUUAUUUCCGCUCUUACAACAUACACAUGACCUCGAUACUCCCAAUGUCAUCUGCUAAUGUAGUCUCUGAAAAAUGACAAUUAUUUUUUCCUUGCAAAGAAAUGCUUUGUUGACCAGUACUAUUUACUUUAAUCAUCAAUAAAUUUAUCACCUGACUAACUACUACUACACAUGUCUGCGGAGGUAACUUACCUGUGGUAAGAAAAUGCGUUAAGCCUGUGGUAAGAAAAAACGACACGUCAUUCUCAUCGUCCUCGUCCUACAAAUUCUAUGAUAAUAUGCGGAGUGAAAAUGAAUUAUGUCCGAGAACUAUGAGGAAAGAAUAAAAGAAGCUUCUCGGGUUGUCAGUGUCGGUGUUGCCUAAUACGCUAGCUCGUCACAGC